GAGCACCCGCCGCCGCCGCCGCCCCCCGGCAGCCCCCCGGCAGGAUGACGGUCACGCUGCGCUUGGAGGAAGGGCUGAAGGACUCGCCCCGCUUCAGGGCCGCUGUUGAGACCGUGGAACUAGAAGUGUCGAUUUUGGAGACCCAGUUGGAAAAGUUGUUGAAACUGGGGAGCACCAUGCUGGAAUCCGGGCGCCAGUUCUGCAGCCACAGCAAGAGUUUUGCCCUGGGCAUUCAGGAGCUAUCCCAGAAUUCCUCGGGGGACACCUUGAUGGUCGAGUGCCUGGAAAAAUUUUCCCAGAGUUUGAGCAAAAUGAUGGAACAGCAAGAAGAACUCCUGGAGACUGCACAGCAAUCUCUCAAGCAGCAGCUGCAAACUCUGGUGAAGGAGGACAUUAAGCAGUUCAAAGAGACCCGGAAGGAAUUCGAGAGGGGCAGUGAAUGCCUUGGCAGCGCCUUGCACCACAACGCUGAGGUGCCCCGUCGGCGCCAACACGACGCAGAGGACGCCAUGGUCGCCCUCAAAGCGGCCCGUACCACCUUCCGUAACCGAGCCCUGGACUACGUGCUGCAGAUCAACGUGAUUCAAUCCAAGAAGAAAUUUGAGAUCCUCAAAUUCGUCUUGUCCUUCAUGGAGGCCCAAUCUGUGUUCCUGGAGCAGGGAUUUCAAAGCUCCAAACAGCUAGAAGAAUAUCGCAAAGGCCUGGAUGCUCAGCUGCACGAGUUGGUCCUGGAAUCGGCCCGAGAGAAGAGAGACAUGGAACAGAGACACGCCGUCAUAAAACAGAAGGAUUUGACCCAAGACGAUGAUGUCCCUGAAAUCCAGGCUGAACCUGGCGCGGUGGUGACGGAAGGAUACCUGUACAAACGGGCCAGCAACGCCUUCAAGACCUGGAGCAGGCGCUGGUUCUCCAUCCAGAACAACCAGCUGGUCUAUCAGAAGAAAGCCAAGGACGUGGUGACGGUGGUGGUGGAAGACCUCCGUCUGUGCACCGUCAAGCGAUGCCCGGAUCACGAGCGCCGCUUCUGUUUCGAGGUGGUCUCCCCCUCCAAGACAUGCCUCCUGCAGGCCGAUUCGGAGCGCCACCUACAGGCCUGGAUGUGCGCCGUCCAGAGUAGCAUCGCCUCGGCGUACAAUGAGGAUCACCCAGAAUCCUCUGGGCAGCAUCUGGAGCGGAGCGCCUCCCUCACGGCGGCCACCCUGCAGUCCCCUUCCAGCCGCAAACUCCGGGGCGGGGUGGACAAGCACGUGGUGGACCGGGUGCAGCGGCUGGAGGGCAACGCCCAGUGUUGCGACUGCCGGGAGGCGGCCCCGGAGUGGGCCAGCAUCAACCUGGGCAUCACCCUCUGCAUCGAGUGCUCCGGCAUACACAGGAGUCUGGGGGUGCAUUUCUCCAAAGUGAGGUCCCUCACGCUGGACGCCUGGGAGCCGGAGCUGGUGAAGCUGAUGACCGUCUUGGGGAACCAAGUGAUUAACCAGAUCUAUGAGGCCAGGGUGGAGGAAAUGAACAUGAAACGCCCCCAACCAGGAAGUCCCAGAUCGGAGAAAGAAGCCUGGAUCCGGGCCAAAUACGUGGAAAAGAAAUUUAUCACCAAGUUCCCCAACGCUGGGAUGCCCCCGAGCCGCAGCAAUGAGCCCCCCGAGCAGCGGAGAUCCCCACGGCCGUUUCCCAAGCCCAAGCCGCCCGGCCAGAUCCGCCGGGGUGCAGGGCUCCGUGCGGGGGUCUCCCCAAGCCGUGCUCCGCCACCCUCCGAGGAUCUCCGCCAUUUGCACCCCGGGGCCCUGCUGUACCGCGCAGCCUCAGCGCCUCCCAGUUUGCCCACCAUGUCAGACGCUCUGGCUCACGGGGCCGACGUUAACUGGGUGAACACGGCCCAGGAAAGCCGGACUCCGCUGCUCCAGGCUGUGGCCGCCAAUUCGCUGCUGGCGUGUGAAUUUUUGCUUCAAAACGGGGCCAACGUUAACCAGAGCGACAGCAAAGGACAAGGACCUCUGCACUAUGCCACUAUCCUGGGCCACACCGGGCUGGCCUGCCUUUUUCUCAAACGCGGCGCUAACAUGAAUGCAGUCGACGGGGAAGGCAAAGACCCCCUGGGCAUCGCCAUCGAUUCGGCCAACGCAGACAUUGUAACCCUGUUACGACUGGCCAAGAUGCGGGAGGCUGAGCUGGCCUUGGGCCAGUCGGGUGAUGAAACCUACCUGGACAUUUUCCAAGAUUUCUCCUUCAUGGCGUCCAACGAUCCGGAAAAGCUGGCCAGGAAAGCCUACGAUCUCAAACUCACCACCUUGUGAAGCUGGGGAGAUCGAAACCCACCUGGAACGUGGUUUUUUUCCUUCGGCCAGGAUUCACGGAGUGGCGGGACUCUCCAAAAAUUAAAUUCAUUUUACUCAGGUUGCCCAAGGGCGUGUCGGGGGGUGGGGGUGGUGGUUUUGAGCACACUUCCUCCAAAUGUUCUUCCCACCCCGGUUGGAUUUGGGGUGAAUUUUUGGC